AUGGGAAAUCGAUCGUCGUCAGUGCAACCUGCAGGGCCUCCACCGCUCCUCACGGCGGCAGUAAUGGGAGACUUGAGCAAGUUUCAAGAAGAAUGGAAUGGAGCCGAUUCGGUGCAAGUCUUGGAUCGUCAAGACAACAACGUGCUGCAUGCCUUGUUCAGUUGUCGUGGCCGAGAAGGAGCCCAAUGCCAAGAAAUUUUGAAUCAAAUCCAUGCCUCUCUAUCGACAAAAGCUCAAAUUCAGAAUGCGUAUCAAGCGAAAAAUAGUCUUGGUUGUACGCCACUCUGGAUCCUUGUAGCCUAUGGGAAUGUCGACUUGUUAAAGCACGUCCAAGAGAAAUUCGCCGCCAUCGAUUCCAGCGUGUUGUUUCAGGACAUGCUGCGAGUGCCCAACCACCAAGGCGAUUCGCCCUUUUUGGCAACGUGUUCCAUGGGAAAUACCGACAUGAUUCGAUUUUUAAAGCAAGUCAUUUUGACACCCGAACAAUCACUACCGCCUUGA